AUGUCUACUCAAUCAGACUUCUACCCCAUUGUUGGGAUCCAAGAUGGCCUAGAUCCUGACGUCAACGCUCAACUUCGAGAAGUUCCAGUUCGUAUGGACAUUGACGAUUGGUUUCUCUCCAAGGAGCUUGUCCAUAUAAACCAACGUGCUUUAUUCUUUCCUGCCUUCUGGAAUCUUUCUCAGAUGUCUCCGCAUGAAAAGCUGUCGUGGUUCCAGCUUGCUGGUAUUCAUGGAAAGCCUUACAUUGCAUGGGACGAGCCGCCUCAAGAGGGAAAGACUGCAGGGUACGGAUACUGUACACACAACAGUAUUCUCUUCACCACCUGGCACCGUCCAUACAUGUUACUUUGGGAGCAAGUCAUCUACGAGCUCAUGAAGGUUGAAGCUGAGAGUUUUACUGAUGAGAAGGAGCGUAAAGAACUCCUCGAAGCUGCCAAGUCAUGGAGAUUCCCCUACUGGGACUGGGCGGCGAAGAAACCAGACUCUAACAACCCAGAAGGCAAGCGAGACUACAACGUGCCGCUUGUCAUCCAAACCCAAAAGGUCUCUGUCAGACUCCCCAGUGGCCUUGGAUUUGGAGAGGUCGAGAAUGCAUUCUAUCAAUUCACUAUGCCUGGAAUGAAAGCUAUGGGUGAUGACAGUCUCGGUAACAAAGAUCCGCUCCUCGAUCUGAGAAUCACACCCAGUAAGUCUGGAGCCUACUCUAUACCGUUCGAUAGAUGUGUCGCUACAAGCCGAUGGGCUCAAGGUACUGGCAUCAACCAAGAGUGGAUUGACGGCAAGCAGAACAACAAUUUCAUCGUCGACAGCCUCCGGGAUUAUCGAUGGGAUCCUAAGAACAAUACCGAAGAGGGCAGGAAGGGUAACCUGACAGCAAGCUUGCGAGAUGCAUUUUAUCGUGUCCUCACAAUUGAGAAGUUCGAGGAUUUUGCAACCAAGCGCAAGCCAGGUGCAGGACCGAAGAAGAACGGGGGAAAUACCAAGGACUAUGCAUUCGACUCGGCAGAGAACAUUCACGACAAUUUACAUGGAUGGUGUGGUGGCGACAGGACUGACCCUGACGCGGAGGAAAAUGUUCUUUUGGGCCACAUGUCGCACGUUCCCCUCGCUGCAUUCGACCCCGUCUUUUGGCUCCAUCAUUGCAACGUCGACCGUCUUAUCGCCAUUUGGCAAAUUCUCCAUGACGAUCAAUGGUUUGUGGAUGAAGACGUACGCAACAAGGAGCAGGGAAACUUCUUCCUUGAAUUUGCCCAUCCCGGCAGGGCUACUGAUAAUCUCCGGCCCUUCCACAACAGUGAUGGAAAGUAUUUCACCUCGAACGAUGUUCGUGAAGUGACCAAAUUAGGUUACACCUACAAGGGUCUGGAAAGAUGGCUCCACAAAGGUUCAGACGGAUCAUAUGAUAAGACGGCUCACCUUGCUCAGUUGCGCGAGAGUCUACUUCUGGAUUAUGGCUCAUCUUGGAAUGCCGCUCAGAAAGCUUUCAUAUCAGAUGAUCCUGGCCAGAACACUGGUGUUGGACUCAUGAGCUUCAAAGAUUACGAGGCAGACCCAGUCGAUCUGAUCGGAGUCGACGAUUACGUUGUUGACAUUGUUUAUGAGAAAUUCGCACUCAACGGCAGAGGAUAUAGGAUCGAUAUAUUUAUUGGCAAGGUUCCAUCUCAAGCUCCUUACAUCUUCCAGGAGGUCGAUUCUCUCGUUGGCCAAGUAGUCAACUUCUCAUCCGAAGUACCUCCGGAAGAUACUCGUGGCUGUGACAACUGCCGGAAACAGCAGGCCGAAAAGGUUCAAUCCACUGGACGUGUUAUUCUUACCAACGCUCUUAUCACCCGAUUCAAGAACCAGCUGGUCCAUACGCCUUCCAGGGAGGAUGGCGUCACGGUACUGGGUGGAAUGGAUCCUGAGAAUGUCAUUCCCUUCUUGAGGGACAACCUACACUGGCGCGUGACUUCAAUGGGCAAGGACAUCGACAUUGCUAGCGAACUUCCAUCGCUCAAGGUUUCUCUUGGAGUUGGAAAGGCUGACUUUUAUGCCGAUCGUUCCAAGAUGUCACGCUUUUACGACUACAAGGAUGCGCACAUUGUGACUGAGGGACAUCCUGGUGGUGCGACGCAUGAGGAUAACAUCCAUGGGCAAGAGUAUGUCUACAAUAGACAAGAACUCUAG